AUGCAUCUUAAGGGCAUUAGACCUGGGGAUUUUAUUUCCAUAUGUUCGCCAAAUGAUGUAGAUUGUAUCGUGCCGUACAUCGCGUCAUUUUUCAUAGGAGCGAUAUCGGCUUCAAUAUGCGAAGAGAUGUCAGUGGAAGAAAACCUUUAUUUGCUAGAGCAAGUUAAUCCAAAAAUGAUAUUCGUACAUAAGGGAGCCGUUGAAUUGGUUGAGAAAGUUGCUGAAAGGUUGGCGCAUGACCCAAUUAUAGUAGUUUUUGGUGCAACAGAAAAGCACACUCCUUUCGAAGAAUUUUUGACCGAACAUUGCCGAGAAGAUCAAUUUCGCCCUCGAGAAGUGGCCAACCUUGAUGAGACGGCCAUCGUUAUUUUUAGUAGUGGCACGACGGGUAGACCAAAAGGAAUUUGUCAUACCCAUUAUUCUGUGCUCUCAAACUUCACAUUUUCUGAUCGAAAGGAAAACUUACGAAUUGCGAUAUUUUCCUCGUCCUACUGGAUAGCCUUCCACGUCUUCGCUUUUAAAGCGCUAACAAACGGUUUCACUAGAAUCGUCUUCUCGGACUUCGACGCGAUGAAUCCCUGGUCGAUACUGAACUAUCGUAUGGACUAUACCUUUUUAGGUCCGAACGAAUGUAUGGCUUUUGUAAGAACGCAAAAGCCUCCAUUUACCGACCCUUCUAAUGUAAAGGAACUAGCCAUGGCUGGUAACUCCAUAAGUGCGGAUCAAAUCGCAAAACUUCAAACUGAGUUUCCGGAUGCGUUCAUUCACAGUCUUUACGGUCAAACGGAAGUAUUCGAAGAGAUUUUUCACUUUCCACACAGUGCAGAUUCUAGAAGUUUUACCGUGAGAUAUCCAACUUCCGUCGGUUUCCCCAUUGCCGGUUUUCAUUACAAAGUGGUCGACCUAGAUACCGAAGAAAUUUUAGGGCCAAAUCGGAAAGGCGAGCUGAGGAUACGGUCGGCGUGCCAAACCUCGGGUUACUACAAUCGGGGACUCGUCAGAAAUGUUCGACUCGGAAGGUUGGUUGAAGACGGGUGACUUGGUGUACUAUAAUGAGGAGCGGUAUUUCUUCAUCACUGGUCGAAUUAAAGAAAGUUUCAAGUACCUGUACCACCAUAUCUGCCCAGUAGAGAUUGAGAGCGUACUUUUGGCGCAUCCGUCGGUCGGAAGGGCGGUUGUUUUGGGCCUUCCCCAUGAGACCGACGAUAAUCAUCCAUUCGGUUUAGUCGAGUUACUAGAAAAUCAACCCAAGGUAACGGCCGAUGAUCUCGUAUGUUACGUAGAAGGGAAGGUUGAGGAUAAAAAGCGGCUGAGGGGAGGAGUGAGGAUAGUGGCACGCAUUCCUUUAACUCCUACUGGUAAAGUUCAGCGCUUAAAAUUGCAAGAAAUGCUUCAAAAGCAAGAAUUUUGAUUAUU